GACUUUGCUUUGACAACCGUCCAGUGGAGUUGUAAUCUGGAAUAUACUUUUCUUAUAGAUAUUCACGUUGCAGAAAUGAUAGACCGAAAUAUGAAAAAUGUUCUGGUGGUAUCCAUUGGAUUUUUAUCUCUGUUCACAGCGUAUGGAGGACUUCAGAGUUUACAGAGCAGUCUGAAUGCCGAGGAUGGGAUGGGGGUGACAUCUCUCAGUGUUAUCUAUGCCUCCAUCAUCCUGUCAUCCAUGUUCCUAACACCCACUCUCAUCAAAAACCUGGGCUGCAAAUGGACUAUUGUUGUCGGCAUGGGCUGCUAUGUGACCUAUUCAAUUGGGAACCUCUAUCCAGGAUGGUACACUCUGAUCCCCACCUCUGUGAUCCUGGGUAUGGGAGGUUCUCCACUAUGGUCAGCCAAGUGUACCCUUCUCACCAUCUGUGGCAACCUGCAGGCCCCUAAAGAAAACAAGGCAGCAGCGGAUGUUAUCAAUAAGUACUUUGGCAUAUUUUUCUUGAUAUUCCAGUCUUCGGCUGUAUGGGGAAACCUAAUGUCGUCGUUGAUAUUUGGUUCAGAUACAGAUAUACCUGACAUCUCUGAGGAAGAUCUACAAUAUUGUGGUGCAGGUGUGUGCAUUGAUAUCAAUGUAAACUCCACGACCAAAAGACCAGCACAAGAAUUAGUCUGGACACUAGUCGGCUGCUAUAUUGGGGUGGGUGUGCUGGCCAUGGUCAUAGUGGCAGUAUUUCUGGAUAACAUAGACAGAGAUCAGGCCCAGGAGUUCCGAGGGAACAGAGAACCAUUCUGGAGCACCUUCCUGGCCACGUUUACACUCCUGAAAGACAAGAGACUCAUCAUUCUCAUCCCUUUGUCCAUGUACAGUGGCUUUGAGCAGAGUUUCCUCUCCGGUGAAUACACAAAGAACUAUGUGACCUGUUCAUUAGGAAUCCAUUACGUUGGAUAUGCGAUGAUAUGUUUUGGAGCCACAAAUUCGUUAUGUUCCUUUAUGUUUGGGAGGUUGGCAGAAUACACUGGAAGAGCCCCACUGUUUUGCUUGGCUGCGGCGAACAACUUUGCCUGUAUCAUGGCCCUGUUGUUCUGGAGGCCUCACCCAGACCAGCUGCCAGUGUUCUUUGUGUUUCCUGCUCUCUGGGGCAUGGCAGAUGCGGUAUGGCAGGCACAAACCAACUCGCUGUACGGGGUUCUCUUCCCCAGACAAUCAGAGGCAGCGUUUGCUAACUGCUGUAUGUGGGAGUCCCUGGGGUUCGUGAUAGCCUUUGCCUACAGUACCUUCAUCUGUCUAGACACCAAGAUCUACAUCCUCCUUGGAGUUCUGAUCCUCUCCAUGGUUACCUGUUUGUGGGCAGAGUACCAAGAACACAACAAUCCUACACUUCCGGUGGAGGAGGGAGUAUAUGACAAAGACUAUAAAAAGGACACAGACCAAUACACAGACUACUCAAAAAACAUACAUCACAUCAUUGCUCAGACCAGCUUGUAGACAAUAUGUGGAUUUGAUAUGUAGACUUAUGCAACAGGUGAGUCUAAUCCUGAACUCUGAUUGGUUAAAACCGCAUUCCAGCCGGUGUCUAUUCCACAAGUUACCACCAGAUAAAUCUAUGACGUUAAAAUACCUCUUUACUCUGUUUCAU